GAAUUCGAGCAGAAUUUGCUGGAAACAUCUGGUUUCAAUUCAUUGCAAAUAUAUUUGCCCAAAAUAAAAUAAGAAAUCAUUGUGAAACGGUAAAGGUGUAAUCGAGAAACUGAACUGUAAUGCCAUGAGCGGUGGCGACGCCGACAUGAUGGAAGCGGAGGCCUCGGCUCCGCCGUCUGCUCCGCCGCGUGAGGUCGGCCCCGCUUCUGACCCUAACGAUAUCAGGAAUUUGCUGACGAUGGCUCGCAAGCUCAUUAAUCAAGGGAAGCCUUCCCAGGCACUCGAAGUGGUGAUAAUGGCAAUGAAAAUACAAGGUGGAGACGUAGCUGUAUCUCAAGGUCUAAGUCGUGCUCAAGAACUAUACAGGAAUAAAAUUCAAGCUAGCUCUGCUGCUGAUGAGUUGGCUUCGCUGUUUGCUGAAUGUGCAAUUGCAGAGGCCAUCCCGUUGCAGCCUGAAACAUCCCAACAUAAGAUAAGUGAGGAGCCAAUCGAACCUGACCCUCAAGAGAGGUCAAUCCUUGCUGAGACAGGAAGGAAGCAGGUCAUGCUUGAUGCGUUCUCUGAUGGGAGCAGCUUCGUCUGCUUGCAGUGUGGGGGUCUUGUCAGCAACCUACGUAGAGAGGAGCACUAUGCUUUCUGGUGCUAUAAAGCCUGAACACCUUUUCCGUGUUAAGGUUAGUCGUGUUUUGGCUCUUGUUCGUUUCUAGAGAUGCACGCGCCAUUCUUGUUGUAUGCUACGCCCUAGCAUUUGAGAGCCUCGAGGGGCAAUUUCUUUAAAACGGCGCACCACUCUUAUUUGCUUGGUUGCAGGAUCGGGGUACCGAUGAAUUCGGUAAACCAUUUAUGUGAAAAUAUUACCUUGUAUCUUUCACCUUUGUAUCAUCAAUUGACUGACUGGAUAAAAUAAUACAGAGUGCAGAACUAUUUGGUGGCCA